CCUGCUCCAGGAGUAAAGUCUCCUCCCUUUUAAAUAGUUUCACUUUGUUCACGUCUCUAAAGCUCUAAAAUGCCCAAUGACAAGCUGGCCGGUUCUAGAACUGAGAUGAAAUGUCUGAACGCUCCUCAAGACGACGACAGCUGGAGCUCCAACAGCAACGACUUUGCGUACUCUGACUUUCCCAAGAAGAUUCCUCUCAAUGGGCAAUACCCUGAUGCAGAUGCAGAGAGUCAAAACUUCCUCUCUGAUCAUAACCCAAGCAAGAAGAAAUAUGAAACUGAAUAUCACCAGGGCAGUGCCUCCUUUGGCAUGUCCGUCUUCAACCUGGGCAAUGCCAUCAUGGGCAGCGGCAUCCUGGGUCUGUCCUUCGCUAUGGCCAACACCGGCAUCGCCCUGUUUGUGAUUCUCCUGGUUUCCGUUGCCAUUUUCUCCUUGUAUUCUGUCCACUUGUUGCUAAAGACAGCAAAUGAAGCAGGUGCUCUUGUUUACGAGUCACUGGGUUACAAGGCCUUUGGGAUCCCAGGCAAACUGGCUACUUCCUGCUCCAUCAGCAUGCAGAACAUUGGAGUCAUGUCAAUCUACCUCUACAUUAUUAAAUACGAACUCCCUGUUGUUAUUCAGUCCUUUACUGGAGCAAGUGAUGGUGAAUGGUACAUCAAUGGAGAUUACCUUGUGAUUCUGGUCUCAAUUAUUGUUAUCCUGCCUCUCUCGCUGCUCAGGAACUUGGGUUACCGUGGUUACACCAGUGGUCUCUCUCUGCUCUGCAUUGUGUUCUUUCUGAUUGUGGUGGUCAUAAAGAAAUUCCAGAUUCCAUGCCCUCUGCAAUAUUUUACUGACUCUGGAAAUGAAACCAUGCAUAUGUUCAACAGCGACUACGCCACUACCGAUGAUGACACUUGCAAGCCUAAAUACUUUGUCUACAACUCACAGACUGUCUAUGCUAUACCCAUCCUCACUUUUGCCUUCGUGUGCCACCCUACUAUCCUACCCAUGUAUGAUGAGCUCAAAGACCGGUCACGCCGAAAGAUGCAGAAUGUGGCCAACGUGUCCUUCCUGGCCAUGUUCAUCAUGUACCUGCUGGCUGCCCUCUUCGGAUACCUCACCUUCAACAUCCACGUGGGACCUGAGCUGCUCCACACCUACUCAAAGUUCUACAAGCACGAUAUUCUCCUGCUGGUUGUUCGUCUGGCUGUGCUGGCCGCUGUCACACUCACGGUUCCUGUGGUGCUCUUCCCUAUUCGUACCUCAGUCGGCCACCUGCUGUUCCCAAAAAAGGACUUCAGCUGGAUCCGUCACGUUAUUAUCACAGUGAGCCUGCUAUCAGGAACCAACAUUCUGGUCAUCUUUGUCCCCAGCAUCAGAGAUAUUUUUGGCUUCAUUGGUGCCUCUCCUGCUGUAAUGCUGAUCUUCAUCCUGCCCUCAGCUUUCUAUCUCAGACUGGUUAAGAAGGAGUCAAUGAAAUCCAUGCAGAAGAUUGGGGCUCUGAUGUUCCUGAUAUUAGGAUUUGUUGUCAUGUUUGUCUGCAUGACUCUUAUCAUCUACGACUGGAUCGUGAACUCUAUGGAAGACCAAGGCCACUGAAGCUCCAGCUCUUCUGAUGCUGGAGCUUCAGCAAAAUAAAUUCAGGAACUGAAUUCAUUUUCCGUUUUUAACUUUUAUUUUAAAGUUGCUAUUUUUUUUACUGUAUCAAAUAUAUCCUAAAAAGGACAUAUUAUUUGUCUUUUUUCAGGUAAGCCAAACCUAUUCAAUAUUCCUCCUAACAUCCUAUGACUUUGCACAGAGGUGCUAAGCUGUGUUAGCAUUGACAUGCUAACACUAUGUACUCCAGCUUAAGUAAUACUACUUGUAUAUUAAAAAGAUACAUAUUUUUUUAAUUUAAACUUUUUUCAAAAGACCGUAAAAGAAAUAUUUUGGAACGUCACAUCAAUAAUUUUCUUAUGAAGCAUUUGAUUCAGUGUGUUAUAUUCAAUUUUUAAAAAUUUUAAAUAAAAUGUUGUAUUGAACCUCGA